AUGGGUCCCGGUGUAGCGUGGGUUGGUACUGCCUCAGCAAACCUGCGCCUCUCACGACUGUGGUUAGGGGUUGGGUUAGGGUUGGGUUACGGUUGGGUUACGGUUGGGUUACGGUUGGGUUACGGUUGGGUUAGGGUUGGGUUAGGGUUGGGUUACGGUUGGGUUACGGUUGGGUUACGGUUGGGUUACGGUUGGGUUAGGGUUGGGUUAGGGUUGGGUUACGGUUGGGUUACGGUUGGGGUUGGGUUAGGGUUGGGUUACGGUUGGGUUAGGGUUGGGUUAGGGUUGGGUUACGGUUGGGUUACGGUUGGGUUAGGGUUGGGUUACGGUUGGGUUACGGUUGGGUUACGGUUGGGUUACGGUUGGGUUAGGGGUUGGGUUACGGUUGGGUUACGGUUGGGUUACGGUUGGGUUACGGUUGGGUUAGGGUUGGGUUACGGUUGGGUUAGGGUUGGGUUACGGUUGGGUUACGGUUGGGUUACGGUUGGGUUAGGGUUGGGUUACGGUUGGGUUAGGGUUGGGUUAGGGUUGGGUUAG